GGGCGGGGCAGGGCAGGGCAGGGCGAACCGCCGGGCGGACAUCCCGCUCCCCAUCACCAAGCACGGCGCCUGCGCCGCCGGAAGCCGCGCCGCACAGGCCCACCACCACUCCCAUGCUGCCCCGCGGCGGCCAUUCAAAUCCCAGCCGGUCGCCUACCGUUGGCCGGAAAAUGGCGGCUCUCGGAGUUACGGUGGUUCCUGCUCCCACCCGAGCGGCCUCUCCCGCGUCCCCGCUCCUCAUAGUUGAGGCGCCGCCAGCUCUCGAUCGCGGUGGCGGGAUGAGGCCCCGGCGGAGCGGGCCGGCGGCGGCCUGCCCCUCGGUGUCCGUGGUGUUCCCGGGCGCCGUCAGCCGGGAGAGCUGCUGCCGCUUCGCCUGCGAGCUCCUCAAGCACGUUCUGCACCAGCGGCACCAGCUCCCGCUGCCCUACGAGCAGCUCGUCUACUUCUGCCGGCGGGCGGCGCAGGGUGGUGAUGUGAUUAAGAAGUCAUCCUCUGUGGACCUGGCAAGCAAGAAGUGCCAGAAGAUGCUGAUGGAUCUGGAAGGAGUGCUCCAGAACUUGGAAGUAAUGUUUAGUUUGACGCUGGUUCCUCGGGUUCUUAUUCUACUUGGAGGCAAUGUCAUGAGCCCCAAGGAGCUCUAUGAGCUCAACUUGGAGGGUAUUUAUGAGGGCAGUACUGAGGAGAGCCUGAAAACUGCAUCCUGUGUUCGCAAGCUUUUUCACUCGCUCUUCGUUGCGGAUGUCUUCAGUGAACUUAAGGCUCUCCCUGUCACAGACACUGUUGUGAUGCUCCAAGGACACCGUGAUUGUGGUGUUGAUUGGUUCCGGCCCAAGCUCAACUAUAAAGUGCCGACCCGAGGAAGGAAACUAACUGUUAACUUGUCCUGUGAUGGAGACAUCAACCUAAGUGCCUCGCCUCCUCAGCCUGCAACUUCUGCUUGGGAGGACUACGUCUGGUUUCAAGCACCAGUCACACUCAAAGGCUUUCAUGAAUGACCUGUGCUCUGUAGAACUUUAAUGGAAUAUUGAAUAACCUUUGGUGCUGCUUUAAGUCAUAAUAACUUUAUCAAAUGUAACUGCAUAUUCUUUUCUAUCUGGAUGUCUUCAGGGCAUCUGCUGCCUUCCCAUAGCUCAACUAUGUUCAUCUCUCUUCAUCUCCUCAGUCGUUGAAAGCAAAUACCCUUUGAGACACAGUUGCACACAGACACAGUGAUUCUUUAGGGACCAGAGUUGUGGCACAGGGGAUGAAUUAGUGUGGUGGGAGUAAAGCUUUCCUGCCAUAUACUCACUGAACUGGCAAAUACUGGGUAUGCUCUUCUCUCUCCUGAGUUUUAAUGUGGCCACUUAUUUGCUAAUCAUUACUAGUAUUGGCUGCUUGUUUGGGACUCUAGAUAAUUUAUGUGAUUAUUAAUAAGCUUGGCCUUCACUAUAAAGGACAUAACCAUUCUUACCUACCCUUUUCCUGUGAAAGGAGACCUUUCCCUGCAGUCUGAUCAGGCUUGAGUAUUCAAGUGUUUGCCUGUCUAUUUGAUAACAUUAGACUUCCCCAUAACUCAGUUUCAGUCACUUAAUAAUCCAAAGAGUGGGACCUCUCAGCAGCUGGGAGGCCUUGUACCCAGAACUGUCUUGUAGUGGUGAUGAAAAGAGGUUGAGCAGCCCUGCAGAGGCAGGGCAGCACUUCCUCCUAUUUUCCUUUUUCACUAACAUCUAGUCCAACAGCCCUGACAAUCAGAUAUACAGUUAAAAUGAAAAAUAAGAGUUUCUGCUCUAACCCUCUUCAGAGGAAGUUAGGACUUCUGCCCCAAUAUGCUAGCUUACUCUCACUUAAAACAACAACAAAGUUUCAUUCUUGCUUGCUUUUACCUCUUAGAAGUCUUAGGGUCUUAGACUCUAAAUAUUUCUGAAAUGUGAAGAAGAGGUGAGGGGAGUGUGUUCAAGUUCAGCACUAUCUCUACCUGUCAAAUUCCUGUUCUCAGUCAGAAUGUACUACUUGAAAGCAGAACUUGAGCCCUUUCUUCUGGCCUGGUGUCUACUGCGGAAUGGGAGAGGGAAGGAGGGAGAGACGCCCUUAGAGUGCAGUGUGUCACAUAGCUGCUGUACUUGUCUUCAGUCAGCUGGGUAUGUGUCUGUAAUGCAAGGAGCUUAAUGCCUCCAAAUAGCUCUAUUCCGCUUGAAGAGAAACUUGAGCCUACCAGUGGUGAGGUUGCUUGCAGUUUCUUGAUAGCAAAAAUUGCAUGAUGGGGUGGUAAAAAUCUUUUGAAAGAUGGGUCAAAGAUUGAAUUAACCCUCUACACUUGGUGUGUAUUUUAACUUUGUGUUGGAAUGGAAUGGUGUUAUAGAACUACGAGGAAAUUGAUAUUUUUGAGCUUGAAGAACACUAGGAGUGCUGUCUCUGCCUCAUUAUCCGUUAACAACUGUUUACAAUGUGUAGUAACUGCUAAAGGUAGCUCUAGGGGGGAAGAACUGCUAGAAUGAAGAAAGCUGCCUUGGGUGCAGCUGCCCACUUGAAUAUGUAAUCACAGCUCCAUUGAAUGAAGUAUAACUUGAACGUAGGAGUGUUUGUACUCAGGAGAUCAAAUCCCUUUACACUUCCACCAAAGGUGCUUGUAAUGCAUAUUUAAAAAUGCUGGCAGCCAAGUAUUUAAAGAAGCUUUUGAACAGAAGCCUUAGUUCUGAGGAACAGGGGGGCAAUUACUUUCUACUCUCUUCCCCAAAUGAGUGCAAUGUUACUGCAUUAAACUGUUUACACAUUCUGUUAUACUUGAACUAUGAAUGCAGCAAUGAUAUGGUGCCGGGAAUGAAAGAAGACAAGAUGCCUCUUAUUUUUUCUUUAGAGCUUAAUUAACAAGUUUAGUACUAUAAUCAUUAUCAAAAUAAAAUGCUGGCUUUUGUAUGUGA